GUGAAACGUUCAAGUCAAACACAGAAUAAAACCAGCAGGAAGAGACAGCAUGAGGAACCAGAGAGCUUCUUCACCUGGUUUACUGACCAUUCCUAUGCAGGUGCAGAUGAGUUAGGAGAAGUCAUCAAAGAUGAUAUUUGGCCAAAUCCAUUACAGUACUACUUGGUUCCCGAUAUGGAUGACGAAGAAGGGGAAGGAGAAGAGGAUGAUGAUGAUGAUGAUGAAGAAGAAGAAGGAUUGGAAGAUAUUGAUGAAGAAGGAGAUGAGGAUGAAGGUGAAGAAGAUGAAGAUGAUGAUGAGGGGGAGGAAGGAGAGGAGGAUGAAGGGGAAGAUGACUAAUGGAACACUGAUGGAUUCCAACCUUCCUUUUUUGAUUUUCUUCAGUCCCUGGGAGCAAGUUGCCGUCUUUCUUUUUUUUUUUUUUUUUCUUUUUCUUUUUCUUUUCUCCUCUUGUGCUCAUUCGCCCUGUUUUUUGAAGUCUCCUUUUUCUCUCCCUUUAUACCAUGGUUCUCAACUUAUUUUGGGGGGAAAUACCUUGAGCAGAAUACAGUGGGAAAAGAAUCUCUACCCCUUUUUGUUCCAAAUUCAUUUUUGUCACAACAAAAACAAAAACUUUAUGGAAUCAACACCACCGCACUCUGUGGGAAAAAAGAAAAACCUUCUGCUCCCUUAGCUCUGCUGGAAGCUGGAGGGUGCUAGGCCCCUGUGUAGUAGUGCAUAGAAUUCUAGCUUUUUUCCUCCUUUCUCUGUAUAUUGGGAUCAGAGAUUACACUGUGUCUCUAUGUGAAUAUGGACAGUUAGCAUUUACCAACAUGUACCUGUCUACUUUCUCUUGUUUAAAAAAAAGAAAAAAAAAACUUUAAAAAAUGGGGUUAUAUAAGGUCAGCAAAGGGUGGGUUUGAGAUGUUUGGGUGAGUUAAGUGGGCAUUUUGACAACAUGGCUUCUCCUUUGGCAUGUUUAAUUGUGAUGUUUAACGGACAUCCUUGCAGUUUAAGAUGACACUUUUAAAAUAAAACUCUCUCCUAAUGAUGAAAAAAAAUUAUAAGGAAA